AAUGAAUUUAUGUAUCAUUAAUAUAAUUUAAAAUAAAUGAAUAGAAAUCAAUAAAAUCAAUAAGCAAUAGCUUAAAAAACAAAUAAAAGUUAUUUAGUAGGUUCAGAUGUAACAAGAGGGAAAUCUGCUGUUUAAUAAUAACCUGUUUAAUAAGUAGUUGGAAAUGGAUUUGAUGCACAAAAAUAUGUUAAACCUGGUCUUAGUAAAGAGGAAGUUUUAAAGAUUAAGGAAUGUUUUGAUAUAUUUGAUGAUGAUAAGAGUGGAUCAAUAUCGUAAUAGAAAAUGAUUAUAUAAGUCCAAAUGAGAUGAAAAAUGCUAUUAUUGCAUUAGGUAUGGAGCAAUCAGCCGAAGAUAUUGUGAAUAUGAUUUAAGAUCUUGAUUAAGAUGGAUCAAGUUUAAUAGAUUUUGAAGAAUUUUUAAAUAUAUUUGGAUUUUCAGGGUAUAUUGUAAAUUAAAAAUCAAUAUUAUAGCACAAUAGAAGAUGAAUAAGUACUUGAGAAAUUAUAUUCUGAAUUUGAUUCCUCUGGAUAAAGUAAAGUAACUUAUGAGGAUUUCAAAAGAAUUAAUGAUUUAGUAUCAGAGAGAUAUACAGAUUAAGAAUUAAGAGAAAUGGUUGAAUAUGCUGAUAAAGAUAAAGAUGGAUCAUUAAGUUGGGAUGAAUUUAAAGCUGUUGUUUAAAAAGAAUAUUAAAAUCAAGCAUGAUAUGAUAAAUAAUAAUACCAAC